UUCCAGAAGGCAGAAUCUGAUCUGGAUUAUAUUCAACACAGACUGGAGUUUGAAAUACUGAAAAGUCUUCCUGAGAAUCCAGCAGAGGAGGAAAAUCCAGUUGCUCUCUUGCAAGAACUCUCAGUGGUGAAAUCUCGUUAUAAAACAUUAUGUAUGCAGCUAGAAAAAGUUUCCGUAGAGCAAAGAGAAUCCAUGAAGGGCAUCCGUGCUGCUCUAGAGAACACAACGAAGAUGGUUCAGGCGUUACAGCAACGUACUGACCUUGAGCACUUGCCUCUGUCAGAAGAAGAACAGACUGCCGCACAGCAGUUAGCCUGCGAAAGUGGUAAAGAAAAGAAAUCGCUAGUGAAAGAGCCAUGUUGUUCAGGAUCUACAGUCUGUGACUCAACUGAAGAAACUGAUAUUCGAUACCCUGUUUUGCUGAAUAGUUUGCUUCUGUCUUACAGAGCAGCAUUGAAUGUUUCGCAGAUGAACGAGAUGAAUAUGAAAGCCACUGACUCAAGAACACGAAUCUUGAAAGAACUUGCUAUUGUGGAACUUGACAAACAAGGAAAUGUUAAAUUCGUUGUGUGA